AUGUCUUCUAACAUUGUCGAUUCACUCAGACUUGCUACUAAUCAAUGUAAUAUCUAUGGUGGUUUCUUUGUAUUUUUCACUGGUAUGAUUGGUAAUAUAUUAAAUGUUAUUAUAUUUACAUCAUUAAAGACAUUUCGAGAGACUUCAGCUGCUUUCUAUAUGAAUGUUACAUCAGCUGUCAACAUUUUUCAACUUGUUGUUGGUUUAUUAUCUCGUAUUCUUAUAACUGGUUAUGAUAUUGAUCCAACAAAAACUUCAUCAGUUUUAUGUAAAGCCCGACAAUUUACAUUGGUUACAACUAUGUUGAUUAUUUUUUCUUGUAUGUGUUUUGCAGCAAUUGAUCAAUUUUUAUUAUUAACAAAUCGUUGGCGUCAUCUUUGUAGUCUUCAAGUAGCUAGUCGUCUUGUUAUAGUUGCUUUCAUUGUAUGGUUUUUACAUGGAAUUCCAAUAUUUAUCUUUCUUGAUCUUUAUCCAUCACUU